GGACGGGUGCACGAUUGCGAUCUGUGUCUUGAACGCGUUCAAUAAAUUCAAAUCAACAUGGCUUCGGGAAAAAGUAAACACAAUGUUAAAACGUUGUUUCUUAUUUGCAACUCUUUUGUGUUUGUAAUUGGUUGGUAUUGGUUUGCUUGCGGCGUGGGAUCGCUCACCAUCGUACCAGCUACACCUAAGAAUGUUCAGCAAACAGUUUUUGGGCUCAAGUUCGUCUUCGUCGCGUUAUGGGGAUAUGGCGCAGCUUUUAUCGAGAACAGGAAGUCGCUGACAAGUUACGCUACGCUGAUGGUAACAUAUGCACUUAUCGGGAUUGCAAUCUUAGUGUAUUCCAAACCAGCGGCGCGCGAGGCGAGCCACGAACGUGAUGACAUGUCUGAUGAUGAGAAGUCUUUUGUCGGAAUUAUUCUCGGCGUUAUCUGGGCGCUGGUGACCGCAAUAAUGACAUGUGUACUAACAAUGCAUAUGCCCAAGGAUGUGGAAAUCCCCGCUACAGUUUAAUAGUACUUACAUUGUGUAUUAAGGGCAGAAAGUGAAGGAUUGCGAACGAGAGGCUAUUGUUUUAAUAACUCGAGUUUGUAAUCCUUCAGCCGCCCGUGACAUACACAAUGUUUUUCAUCACACUUCUGCCGAAGGAAUAACCAAAUUUUAAACUAAAUGUAUUGAAAUACC